UGGGGUUGUUUUUGCUGAUGGGGGUCACACUGCUGUAGCUGCUCACAGACUUUGUUGUUACAGAUAAUUCUUUCCCAGAGAAAUGAACCUGCGGGUCUCUCCCAGGAGGAUUUAGGAGAACUGUGCCACCACAGAGUGCCUUGUCCUUCUUCCUCUUCACGCUCUCCCGGCCUUCCUGAUCGUGCGGCACUCCGUCCGGAGCAGCCUCGAUAUGACGAAGAGAAACCCGUCUCUUCAACUAGUCAAAAGGAUGCUGAACCAUCACUGCCGAAGGAACCCUGAGCUUCACGAGGAGCUGCAGAUCCAGGCCGCGGUGGCAGCGGGGGACGUCUGCACCGUCCGGCGGAUGCUGGAGCAGGGCUACUCGCCCAAGAUCCGCGACGCCAACGGCUGGACGCUGCUCCACUUCUCCGCUGCCAAAGGGAAGGAGAGAUGUGUGCGAGUCUUUCUAGAGCACGGAGCGGAUCCCACGGUGAAGGACUUCAUCGGCGGCUUCACGGCGCUCCACUACGCCGCCAUGCACGGCAGAGCGCGCAUCGCCCGCCUCAUGCUGGAGUCGGAGUUUCGCAGCGACAUCAUAAACGCUAAAAGCAACGACGGCUGGACGCCGCUGCAUGUGGCGGCGCACUACGGCCGGGACUCCUUCGUGCGCCUCCUCCUGGAGUUCCGGGCGGAGGUGGACCCGCUCAGCGACAAAGGCACCACGCCGCUGCAGCUGGCCAUCAUCCGCGAGCGCUCCAGCUGCGUGCGCAUCCUGCUGGACCACAGCGCCAACAUUGACAUUCAGAACGGCUUCCUGCUGCGCUACGCCGUCAUCAAAGGAAACCACUCGUACUGCCGCAUGUUCCUGCAGAGGGGGGCGGACACCAACCUGGGGCGGCUGGAGGACGGACAGACCCCGCUGCACCUGUCGGCCCUCAGGGACGACGUGCUGUGCGCCCAGAUGCUCUACACGUACGGCGCCGACACCAACACCAGGAACUACGAGGGCCAGACCCCGGUAGCUUUGUCCGUCAGCAUGUCGGGGAUCAGCAGGCCGUGUCUGGACUUCCUCCAGGAGGUGACAAGACAGCCUCGGAGCCUUCAAGACUUGUGUCGAAUAAAAAUCCGUCACUGUAUCGGCCUUCAAAGCUUGAAGCUCUUGGAGGAUCUACCCAUCGCCAAGGUUAUGAAAGACUAUUUAAAACAUAAGUUUGACAGCGUGUGAAGCAGCAGGACAGCAGACUGAAAACCCAUCGGACUAUGCAAUCAUUGUUCUCCUGGUGCAGAAGGACCCGGCUGGCUCUGCUCACUACAGACGCUUCAACACUCGGUCGGCCGUCCGUCCUUCCAGAGCUUGUUGAGACGGACUCACUCGCCUCACAUGAGCAGAGGUUUCAUGGGGGAAUUUAAACCCCGGUUUGCCUGAAGCAUUUUUAUUACAAUGAGUAUUUUAUAGCGGCCAUCUUGUCAUGACGUUGUCCUCGCCAGGUCAUUGACUGAAGUGAGUCGGGACCCCUCCCAUAUUUAAUUAUUGGCUCUUUUUUGAUUUUUAAUAUAUUUUCUUUCAAAUUUAGUGUGAUAAUUUUAAAAAGGUUUAUUGGUGAUGAAGGUUUUCUGUCUGGUUUAAGAUCAGUUCUGGUGAUAGUUAAAGAAAACUCGAUGUAAGAGUCUAAAUCCUCAAACAAGCCAAACCUCACACUCGGCACACCUUGGUGGACCACUAUUGAUGAUCGUCAACAUGUUUAAAACACCUACUGUUCUCCUUUCACCUAAAAACGGGAACCGGGAAUGAAGCUAAAUGUGGUGCUAUGGAUGCCUUAGAGGUCACUACAGAGGUCACACAUGAACGUUCACUACUGCUCAAAAGUCACUAAAAGAAAUAAAAUCUCUUCUGCUGGGAAACCAGUUUAAACGGUGCUGAUCUCCUACUUACAACAGCCAAUCCGGUGUAAAUUUGGCUCUAAGAUGGUGUGAUGACAGGUGAGUGUGACGGACUGAGGUCUGCUCUCGAGCCGCGCCGCCGCCGCUCACCGUCAGGAUGAAUCGUUACGGUUCGACGAGCAAAUAAAACCUCUUUGACAAACUGACGUUAAAAUCCUGCACCAGGUUUUAUGCUGAUGACAUUUAAUAGUUCUUCAAUGUUCAAAUAUUGAAUAGCAGAACCACAAAAAUAUGGAAAAUACUUUUAUUUAAAUGUGUUCCAAAACACUGAAGAUUGUUCAAACAAUUAUAGUUUCGAGUUCAUUCCUGGAGAUGCAGGAUUUUAACACCAGACACGCUCCUCAGGCCCAACGGUAAAACUGGCAGUGAUCUUCUUUAAAUCAUUCCUGUCGUCCUCACUCAAACAUUCAUUACCAGCUAAUGUCAGACUGAAUUAGAGUGGCUGAGUAAAAAAAAAAGCCACAGCCCACUGAGGGGAGAAUUCCGAGCUUCCACUGGAACCUGUCACAAAUCCAGAAAAAAAAAUCUGUUUAAAAAAACAAAAAACAGCGUUGGAUUA